AUGACCGAGCCACAGGGCCACAGAGAGCCGGAGGCCGAGUGCCCCGUGUGUUGGAACCCCUUCAAUAACACGUUCCAUACCCCCAAAAUGCUGGACUGCUGCCAUUCCUUCUGCGUGGAAUGCCUGGCCCACCUCAGCUUGGUGACCCCGGCCCAGCGCCGGCUCCUGUGCCCGCUCUGCCGCCAGCCCACCGUGCUAGCCUCAGGCCAGCCGGUCACCGACCUGCCCACGGACACCACCAUGCUCACACUGCUCCGCCUGGAGCCCCACCACGUCAUCCUGGAAGGCCGCCAGCUGUGCCUCAAGGACCAGCCCAAGAGCCGCUACUUCCUGCGCCAGCCUCGGGUCUACACAUUGAACUUGGGCCCAGAGCCUGGGAGCCAGACAGGACCCCCACCGGCCACCACCCCUGUGGCCAGCCGCAGGCCCAGGGCUAUCCCCAGCCACUACUCUCUGAGGGAGUGUUUCCGCAACCCCCAGUUCCGCAUCUUUGCCUACCUGAUGGCUGUCAUCCUCAGUGUCACACUGCUGCUCAUCUUAUCCAUCUUCUGGACCAAGCAGUUUCUCUGGGGUGUGGGGUGA